CUGGGGCUGCUCGCCGUGCCCCGGCUGGCUGGGGUUGCCGCUGGGUUUGGUUCGGGCGCGGGGGCCGUGCGUGGGCGGGGGGCACGGCCGGUCUCGGCGGCUGCCCCGGGGCACAGCCCUGACAGCCGGGGCCGCCCGCCGCCGUGGGCACACGCCGGGCCGGGCCGGGCCGGGCCGGCGGGCGGCGCGUACCUGCAGGGAGAGCCGGGCUGGAGCCGCCGGCCCUUGCACAAACUUCACGCCGGCCCGUAGUUUAACUGUCCAUCCUGGGGCGUCCACCCUUUAGGGAGCCGUGGCAGCUCCCGGAGAGCCUGCGGGAAUAUCGCACUCCAGGAUGCUGCGGGUCCUGAAAGUGCACUCUCCGCAAGUCUCCGUGAAGCGGCACACAGAACCGCCUGGGGAUUCCCAAGCUACGGAUGGACAAUGCUUAGGGAUGGUAACACUCCGUUUUACGUCGCUUAUAUGGCAUGUAGUGGCAGGGUGAAAUAGGGAUACAGCUAUGGGAAGAUUGUCUUCUGUUUACCUUGGGGUAACCUGUAUACUGACGGUUCCCCGGGAGCCACGGUACUGGUGAUGAAAAAGGUGAAUGUGGGUAACCCCUCACAUUGUGGAAUUGCUUCCCAAACCCCCCUCUCAGCGUGCAGGCUGAGAGCAGUUUGUGCAAAUGUACCUUGGUAGCAACAGCUGAUCAGACAGAGCAAUCAGGUUAGUCAAGUAUUUCAUAAAGAAUCUUAUUUAACUAGCAGUUGUCAGAAAAGCAGUUCAAGUUGUCAGUCAUCUUUCCGUGUUUUUUUGAGCUUGUGGAAUAAUUGCAUUUCCAACUCUAAGCCUGGAGUUGAUUUAAAAUGUUAACAUGUAACCUCUAAAAAUAAGAUUUACAAUGGAAACGAUGUAUUAGCCUUAAGUUCUUUAUUGCAUAUGUGACAAAUUCAUGCCUAAUUCAGUAGAAUUUGCCCAGUGCUAUUAAAAACAAUGGAAUAAUUUGUUAACUUUCAUAGGAUAAUUUAUUUUGCUUUUUUGGCUUCGUAUUUUGAAUUCAAAACCAAACUAAAUGUCAAUAGGAAAAAUAAAAUAUAUUAUUAAAUUUCUUAUGAAACAUGACAUCUUGUAUGUAGUAUCCCAGAUUCUUUUUUAUGCAGUGCAAUUGAGUUGAAAGGCUAAUUGAAACUUUAUGGAGAGGAUGGUUCUGUGCCUGAAUGCAGUGUUGUGCUUGCUCAUGAGUGUAGCUCCUAGGAACGCACUAGGGCAAAUAAUGCAUCAGAACAGAAUGCCACAGGGGGAGGUUGUGCAUGGGGCUUUUGUGCCAAAGGAUACUUGCUGUCUUUGUUGUGCUUGAUAGUGAAAAUAUACAUGGGUGACACGUCAUGGGUUAUGUGUUUAUUGUGACAACAGCUCUCAGAUUGGGCUGACUGUAACUCAGAUAGACCUUGUUUUUUCCUUUUCAUUUGAAACCUCUGCUAAUUCAUGAAAGCUGAAAGUCACACUGAAUUCCUUCCUUCAUACAUAAUCACUUUACAGGCUAGAGCCACAGUUAAAGUAAGAAGAGUGUUUUGUUUGUUUUUUCUCUGAAUGAACAUGUGAAAUUUUUUGUUAUUAUUGUUGCUGUUUGAUUUUUACAUUUGGUUGUGAUAGCCAGUGCAGCACCACCUGGAUUCUUUGAACGUCUGCAGGCUGCUCCAAGAGAGAGUCUGGGCAGCAAGUCCAUGUACAGAUAUUUGGCAACACAGCUCUGUUGAAGCAGCCACUCCUCUUUGCUUCUGUACUGACAGUGCUGGGCAUGAAGAACAGCAUUGAGCUGUUCCUGUGCCAUCAGCAAGUUCAGUUUAUUUAUGUGCAGAGUUGGCAGAACCUGUGUAUCUGUGUUGAAUCUCCAGUUUUAAAAGCGACUGGAAUUAAUAUGAAAUGUACAUGGAACUCAUAGUCUGUUCAUUCUUGUUGGAGCAUUUGUGGCUCUUCUAGUUGAAAAAUGAAGAGUUUAAUGCUACCUGAGGUAUUAGUUCUACAAACUGCAGUUUGAGAUGUGAGUUACUGCGUGGGGAUAAGUAAAGGUAGAAUUUGGCCCGAGGUUACAAGGAGCGCAGAAGGAAAUCUCACAGUGCUGUAAAUUUGGAAGUCCCAAAUUAAAGGUUCUGUAAGCUCAGAUAAAAAGGGUAGUGUUGCUGCCUUCUACAAAGGGUCUCUUGUUCAGUAAGUCUCACCAAAAGGAAAUUUGCAGUUCAGUAAGCCAACUAUAACAAAUACCUGACAUAAGAAUGGAGCAAGUUCCAUAGGGGUUUCUACAGGUCCCACAUUUCUCUUUGAACAUUAAAACCUAAAGAUGUAAACCAGUGAACUGAAUAAAAGCUGGAUUCCACAGUGAGAGCAUGUGUAUGCAUUGUGCUAACCAGUUGUGUAAGUGCUCACUUCAGUGAAGGCAGUCAGUGCCCUUGCCUUCUUGAAAAACUAAUGUGUUGAAACUCUUAGUUUUUACCUGUUGUAUAAGCACAUGGAAUAUGUGGAGCUUAAAAACUGAAGAAUGACAGAUUGUUCAAGGUUAACAGAGAACAUUGGUUCAAAUCUCAGCAGUGUCUCAAAACCAGUUGUAAUUAAUAUUAAAAUCUGAAAACUAAGGUACUGGAUGCUUUCUGAAAUAUCUAGGUAGUCAUUCCUGUAUGAAGCUCAAGUAAACAGAGUUUACUUGUGAUGUGCAAACAGGGAUUGGAUAGCAUGAAAAUCUUUAUCCCUGAUUUUAGAGUUGGAGAAUAGUCACGCAACAAUUCUGUUACAUAGUCAUGGUUGACAAGUCUCUAAUUUAAAUACCAACCAUAAAAGCUGGCAUUUUCAGUCUUCCUGAGUGUCAUUUGGAAAGACCAAUUAGGGGCUUGGGGAAAGUGGAGGAUCUGUGAUCAUGGCAGGGUCACUUGUUAAUUGAUCUGUCACAUCAGAUUCCCAUGUGUGUUCCCUCUAGUUAGAAAGUUUCAUAAAUCAUUACUGGGUUACUUCUCAAAGGAACAAGAAAAGCUAUUCAAACCACUCAUGGAAGAACAGUUUUUGAAGAGUGGUGGUCGGGAAAUGUCCCUGAACACACAAAAAAAGUCCAAAAUAAAUGAUACAUCAUGUUAACUUUAACUGGUGUUUGUCUGUUAAUUUCUUUUCCGUGCUGGCCCAUUUUCUUUUGAGGCUCAAUGGAAGCUGAGUUGUAUGGGGUACUCAAUGCUGAGACAGUUCUGCUUUUCUUAAGGCUUAAAACAAUCCAAGAAGAAAAGGAAAAAAAAAACAUUUUUAAUUUCCUGAGUCUGCGUGGGUGAUCUGCUCCCUAGGGGUACUGGACCAUCUUUGGGAAAGUCAACCUUUUGGGAACCAGCCUUUGGGAAAAACAACCUGGGUGUUUGGGAAGGCUGUAGGUUGCAAUUCUGAGGAAUAGUGAGGGGGAGGUUUGUUUAUCUGCACAUUGCCCAAGGAGAUUAUGCCAGUGGUAUGCAUAAAUUUGCUUUGCAAAUUGUACACUUCUCAUAAUCUGUUGCAAUUUCAUGUCUGUUCAGGGAUUUUAUGUGGUAAGUUUUUUUUUUUUAUUUUAUGGUUUUUACAAGUUGAAUGCAACUGGUGUGGUUGCCUGUGUAGUAUUUACAAUGCUUUCCUGCCACAGAUGUUUGAGAUGGGAUAAGACUGGGAAAAAAGAGGAGAUGGGCAGCUUACCAACUAGAAGAGUGAUAACCAUGUUCUUGAUGUUCUGGGAGGGUUGUCUUUUGUCAUUUCAGAUAUGCUUUUGCUAAGGGGAGUUGUCAAGGCAGCCUGAAGAUUGCAUGCAGAAGGAAUACUCUGUGUAGUUGGAAGAGCCAGUUGCUUUUUUUUCUGGCUGUUAUGCUUUCAAGGAAUGGAACUGCAACAACUGAAAAAGAAAGAAUUACACCCCAUUAGUCAAGAGGCCUGAAUUAACAAAUUUGAUUUUCCAUUAAAGUACAAUCUAAUUUACCUCCUCAGAGCAUCAGAAAGAUGUCAAAAUAUGAUUUUCUGGAAGCUAAAGAAAAUCUUCACCACAUGACCCACAUCUGGUUGUAUGUUCAACAAGAGGACAUUACAACAUCAGAUUAUAUUCUCCCUUAUACUUUACAGCGGGCAUAAAUGCUGAUAAAUUUUUCAGGUGCCUAUGAAGAACUUGUGAUGACUUGUAUAUGUUUUGUCUUGAAUUUAGGACAAUUUGUGUUAGUUACUAAUCUACAGUAGGAGGUAUGAGAAAAGAUACAUAAGAUAUUUUAUUUCCAAAUUGUGUAAGUUGACAUAGGCUGCUGAUAUUUAUCAAGACUUCUUCAGAAAGUCAUCAUCGUCAUUUCUUGGUUGGAAACUAGGAAUAUCACUUCUUUCUGGGUCUCUUCUUCCAAGUAACAAGCAAUAGGAUGAGAAGAAAUAGCCUCAAGUUGUACCAGGGAAGAUUUAGAUUGGAUAUCAGGAAAAAUUUCUUCACUGAAAGGGUUGUCAAGCCUUGGAACAGGCUUCCCACAGAAGUGGUGGAAUCACCAUCCCUGGAGGCAUUUAAAAGACAUGUGCUGCUUAGGGACACGGUUUCAUAGUGGACUUGUUCUGUGUUAACAGUUGGACUCAAGGAUCUUGAGGGUCUUUUCCAGCCUAAAUGAUUCUAUGAUUCAAGGAAGUACUCCUGACACACUCUGAGCCUCCGCAUGUCUUUUUUAGCCUCACCUCUCCGAAAAGUUCCAUGAAGGUUGCACAUCAUUCAAGAUGAAAACUUGGAGAACAGAAUCAUCAAAAAGUUUACAGAAAUGGACUUGAGCUAUUUAGUUUAACUUUUGGGAAGGAAAUGGGGCUCUAAUGAAUUAGUUCACUGUCCACUGUAAUGGAACCUUUCUUCAAGAAGAAAAGUAAGCUGCUUGCCAGCCAUUCAGGAUUCCCCCUUGUUCUGGUGGCAGAACAAGAAUAACCCCCUGAGCAAAAUCGGAAAACAGAUGUGCCACUUCAAAUGCAGUAACAUGCACAAAGUGUCUUGCUUUGGGCCCUGAGUGUGCAUGGUGUGCUCAAGAGGAAGUGAAGCAAACUUUAUGUUAAAAGUUCGUCCUCUAGAGAAAUACCCUGUGGAUCUUUAUUAUUUAGUUGAUGUCUCAGCCUCCAUGCACAACAAUAUAGAAAAGUUAAAUUCUGUUGGAUUUGCUUUAUCUAAAAAGAUGGCAAAUAUUUCUCUUGAUUUUCGACUUGGAUUUGGAUCCUAUGUGGAUAAAACUGUGUCACCUUAUAUUAGCAUUCAUCCAGGUAGAAUCCAUAACCAAUGCAGUGAUUACAAUUUAGAUUGUAUGCCUCCUCACGGUUAUAUUCAUGUGCUAUCCCUGACUGACAAUAUAGCAGAAUUCAGAAAUGCAGUGAAUAAACAAAAAAUUUCUGGGAAUAUUGAUACACCUGAAGGGGGUUUUGAUGCAAUGCUCCAAGCAGCUGUAUGCCAGAGCCAUAUUGGAUGGCGUAAAGAAGCAAAGCGACUGCUUCUUGUGAUGACAGAUCAAACUUCCCAUCUGGCCCUUGAUAGUAAAUUAGCAGGAAUUGUAAUUCCUCAUGAUGGAAACUGUCAUUUGAAAGAUAAUGUGUACAUCAAAGCUACGAGUAUGGAGCAUCCGUCUCUUGGGCAGCUCUCUGAAAAAUUGAUUGACAAUAACAUCAAUGUUAUUUUUGCAGUUCAAGGAAGCCAGUUUCAUUGGUAUAAAGAUCUGUUACCUCUGCUGCCUGGUACUGUUGCAAGACAAAUAGAAUCACAAGCAGCAAAUCUCAAUGACUUGGUGGUAGAAGCCUAUCAGAAACUAAUCUCUGAAGUGAAACUUCAAGUGGAUAACCAAAUCCAAGGUCUUAAUUUCAAUAUCACUGCAAUCUGUCCUGAUGGAAGUGAAAAAACAGGCAUGGAAGGAUGUAAAAAUGUGGGGUAUGAUAAAGAAGUACUUUUCAAUGUAUCAGUUACAAUGCAAGGAUGUCAUACAACUGGAGGGAGAAAAUAUGCCAUACUUAAGCCUAUUGGUUUCAAUGAAACCGCUGUUGUUAAUGUGCAGCGAAGCUGUGCCUGCCAAUAUGGAGACAGUACAAACCACAAAAGAGUAUGGGCUGAUGAAACUUCUGAUAGCAAACAGUCCCACUGCAGUGACAAUAACUGUAGCUCUAACAGAGAAGACACACUUCCUUCAGAGAGGUGCAGGCAACAUCAGGACCAACCUAUCUGCAGUGGUCAAGGAAAUUGCAUAGAUGGAAAAUGUUUCUGCUACAAAAACAAGCUAGGCAAGGUGUAUGGCAAGUACUGUGAAAUGGAUGACUUUUCCUGCCCGUAUCACCAGGGAAGCUUAUGUUCUGGUAAUGGUGAAUGUGAAGGUGGUAAAUGCAAAUGCUUUGCUGGCUGGGAAGGUGAUCGUUGUGAGUGCUCAUCACAAUCAGCAAAGCACUGCCUGAAUUCAAAGGGCCAGAUUUGCAGUGGAAGAGGAAAAUGCGUAUGUGGAAAGUGUGAGUGCACAGAUGCAAGAAGCUUUGGCCGUUUGUGUGAAUAUUGCCCUACUUGUAACAAAGCCUGUGAAGAAAACUGGAACUGUGUUCACUGCCAUCAUUCUAAUAAUACAUCUCAAGCAAUACUUGACCAGUGCACAACCUCAUGCGCUUACCUACUGCAUUAUGUUGACCAUACUUCAGAAUGUUUCUCUGGACGAAGCUACUUUAGAGUCUUUUCCAUAAUCUUUAUAGUUACCUUUCUGAUCGGGUUGCUUGUUGUCCUUAUCAUCAGGCAGAUCAUUCUGCAGGGGAGUAGCAAUAAAGUCAAGUCUUCAUCUGAUUACAGAGUAUCUGCAACAAAGAAGGAUAAGAUGUUUUUGCCUACAGUUUGCACAAGAACAGUAACAUACAGACGUGACAAACCAGAGGAAAUAAAUAUCGACAUCAGCAAGUUGCGAUUAAACGAAACUUUCAAGUGUGAAUUCUGAAGACUGUGUGUUUUCUGCAAAUUCUAUUUCCAUCAUGAUCGACUUUUAAAAAGUUACCUUUUGUACUCUGUGGGAAUCGUGACUGUUGCCAUAUGGUUUUGUUUUGUGCAUUUUGUUGAAUACUGUAACUAAGUGAUCUGUAAACGGACUCACGUUAUGUGAUUAUGUUUGAAACUAUAGCUGCUGUAUUUUUUUAGGUUUUUUUGAAAGAGAAAUGUGCGUUACUACUGUUCAGAAACAUUAGUGUUGAUGUAGCACUUUAGCAUAUUCUAAUUUAUUUAGUUAUGGCCUAGAAUGUAGAUAUGAACUGGUCUGACAAAGCACUGAUCUCACUCUACAUGUAGCUAGUACUGAUGUGCUCUGUGGGAAUGGACAAAAGCUGUGACUGAAAUAUUAAUAUUGCUGUAUAUUAUAGCAAUAGAUGAAACUAUUAAAAUGCUCUUAAAUAGAGUAAAUGGUACUUUUAUAGUUCUCUCAGUUGAUAAAUUCCACUGAUUUGUCUGCUUUAGCAUCUUAGCUUUUCCUCAUAAAAAUGACUGGAUUAAAUAAGUAUUUAGUUACUGGUGUGGGUCUAUAGUUGUGUGUGUAUACACACAGCAUGCACACACAGGUAAAUUAUAUGUAUAGUUUUUUAUAUGAAUGAUGUCACUUAAAGAUAAUUUAUAUCUGAUAAAGAGUAAUUUUUAGCUUUUUUACUUGUUUUAACAUAAAAAACCCUUUUGUACAAAAUUUAAGGUAUUUGAAAACUGAGUGGCUACAGAAAAAGAGAGUUUCUCUGUCCAACAGCAUAGUCUACAUGAUGAUCACUGUUGACUGACUUCACCUUUGGAGUCAGCAGCAUGAACCCUGUUGCAAGUAGAUGAAUUACACCAGAGCUGUGUUUGGUUUGCUAGCUACAUGUCAGUGUUUUGCCAAAUAAAGGCUUUGAUCUUUUUGUAUGAUGUCAGGAAUGUCUGAUUUUACACUUGCUCUUUUUCUUUAUGUAAAUUAGUUGAUGGGGUCGAGUUUUGUGAUUGAUUUUUGUGACUGUGCCUUGAGAAAUGUGUCCAGUGUGAUGUGGAAAAGAACCUGCAAUUUAGAAGGUGAGGAAAAUAUGAGUCUUUUUCUCAAGGGAACACAUUAAUUGACUUCAUACAUAUGGGAUCAAAUUCUGCCUUCAGAAAUGGGCAAAGCUCUUCUAAAUAUGGUGGGACCAAUAUAAGCUUAUCUGAGAGAAGAAUGUGAGCUACAAGGUCACACAGAAGCAUUUUUUUUACCCCUGAAACUGACUGUAAUGGUAGAAGACCAUUGUGUUAUAUGCUAGUUGGAAGUGUCAGUCUGAUUACUAACCCUAUGCUGCCGAAACCCCACAGAAGUCUGAUCAACCUCUAAUGCUCUAAAAUCUUACUGGCAAAAAAAAAAAUCAUCUCAGAAGACAGCGUAUCAUUUUAGCAACAUUUAUUGCUAAUAUGAAAUAUUGGUCUGUAUUUGUCAUAGAGAAGAGUUACAGAAAACAAGCAGGACAUCCUUAUGUGCAGUUUUUUAAACAUUAGUAUAUAUUUCCUAUUCCGUAUUUCUUCUGUAAAUUCCCACUAAAAUCUGAGGAGUAUGCGUGUGAAAAGAAGGCAGGAUGCAGAACAAGUGAUAAGUGUUAUGUGAGUGUUCAGUUUCUUGAGUAAUUGAUCAAGUGGGAUUGAGAAAAACAAUAUAAAGACAUUGGCCUUUUCAUUAGUCAUAAAAGCUCUAGACCUUAGGGAUUGGGUGUUUUUUUGAAACCUGUAAACUGGACUAUUAAAUGUUUCUAAAGCAAUCUCCAAAGGAGGCCCUGAGCUUUCCACCAUAAAGGUAAAAGUUUAAAGAAAAGACUAUUUCCUUACACUGACCCUGACUUUUAGUAAUAGCUUAAUUGUAGAAUUUUAGUUAUAGAUUAAUUCUGUAAUCUAUCAAGUAUACCUUAAACUUUCGUUUUCUUUUAAAACAUGUAGGACCAUUUUCCUUCUGUGUAAAUUAGCAGAUUCCAAAAAAUUGGUUUCAGUGGGAUAAAGAUAAAAGAUUGAUAAAGCUUUACCUGCUAUUACCCUUAUCACAAUUCAUGACUAUUUGUGAGUAGCAAACAGUCUCUGGUUGUCUCUUUCACUUAACAAAACAAAAAAAAUUCAAUGCUCAGUGAUAUUUUCCCACCAUAAUGCUUUAAAGCAUUUAUUAAAGCAUUUACUGAAGUGAUAACUAUUUUUUUUUUUUUAGGAAUUCCUUUUCACUGCUAGAGGGACUUAAAUUGUGUGGGUAGGGGACAACAGAGCUGAGUUCUCGAUGGAAGAAAAUUUGAGCUGUAACACCCAUCUUCCAGACACAUCACACUGCUACUGCUUUUCUUCUGUAGCACUUGGUUGGCAUUGUGGUGCUGCCUGUGAAGGGGCACGGCCAGUAUUUCCUUAUCAGACACCUGCCUGAAUGUUUAAAAUGCUCUGGUCAAAUAGAGCAGGCUCACGGGACCAAUUGCACUGUAAGCAGCUUGCUGUCUUGAGAUUAAAAAAUGUACAUUAAAAAAAAAGAGUUUUUUAAGAAAAAAAAAAAAAGAAGAAGAAUAAAAAGCUGUUUUGCAUCUCCCUCAUGGUUUUACUGUAUUGUGGAGGAGGCUGGUGAAAGAGAAUAAGCUGCUGCUAAUGUGACAGGUCAAGGCUUUUAGAAGGCCCGUGGGGAGCUUAUACAGAGCAGGAUUCUUGGGAGGAGGCUUUGUUUCUAGGGAUGGAAUCUAUCCAUGAGAAACUCUGGCUUUGCUUGGUACUUGUUUCCCUCUGCCUUUGACCAUGUUUUUCAGAAGAGCUGCUGCAGGAGAUGAAUAGCUCAACAAAAGCCUCACUAUUUAGGGAGUUGUGUUCCCUCAGCACAUGACCUUAAAUGAGAAAGCAGCCUGUAAUUCACAAGGAAUUUCUUCAGUGAUUGCAGAAGGACUCUGCUUCCUAUAGUGCUUAAUAUGGGAGAUAUUAAAGACAAAUUAGUUCACAUUAGUUUUCAAUGUAUUGUGUGCAAAGAUGCUCAUAAAAAUAGGGGGAGAAUAUCUAACCUCAGAAUAGAACAUUCCAAACUACUCAAAUAAAAUUUCUUAUACUAGGCUCCUUCAAAAAAUUAAAAGAAAGUCAAAUAAUUCUACUGCGUGCCUAUAACCAAAUAUGUACCAGCAGAUACUGUUGUAUCUCAUCAUUUGUUUUGGGAAUUGUUUUUGGAUUUACUCCCAGAGCAUGUGCACGACUUUUUACACCAUAAAUGUUAAUGUUAAAAUACAUAUGUAUAAGUUUCAAAUGCUAAUCUCCCUUUUUUUACCUUUGACUGGUUAUUUGCCUAACAUUUCAGAAAUUCCAUGUUUAUGCAAUUAAAAAGCAUGCAUUUUACUUCAGAUGUUUUUAAGUACUGUAAAAUGAGGAAAGCUAUGAAAUGGUUAUUUCCAAGCAUCAUGAGUACACUAAUAAGAUUGCUGAAGAAAUGUGUGGGAAAAUAGCUGUUUCAUCCAGAAAACGUGCACAUGGUAUGCAAGGAAUUUUCAUUGUGCCCAGCUGAAAUUCCCUUACAUUUGCAAGGAAUGUUAAAAGUGAACCUUUAAAAGGAAGGAUGUUCGUAUGGGCAUAGUUUACAUUUUAUCCGUUAUUCUCAACUGGAUUUAUUUUUUCCUCUCUAUGAUGUCAUGAAAACCUGCUAUGUAAAGCAUUCUUCAUACUGCCACAGAAAAAUAUUAUUUUCCCAGUGUGAUCAUAUAUAAUAUUUGUUUCCUGCUUAGUGUGCAUACCUAAAUGUACAUGUUUUGCAAACCAUGGGAGUGAAUGUAUGAAACAGCUUCAAGCAACCCUCAGUCCUAAAACUAAACCUAAGGUCUGGAAAUGCCCAGGGCAGAGAGAUGCAAGGGCAUGGCUGCCUGUGCAGGGACUUGAAGAGGGACGGCAAUCUCAGUAGGUACAAUGCUGGGGUUUCCUACAGCGUCCCUACAGAGAUGAUGCUCCAAGACCUCCCUUCUCCUUUUGUCAGGGCAGGAAAUCUCUUCAAAGUAGGUUGACUUGGCAGAGAUGUUGUCCUAGGUUUGCGUCCUAGGCACUUGUCCACACACUGGAACUGCAUAAUAUGCAAUCUGAACCAUAACGCUGCAGACAUUUCCCAUCUUUAUUCAUCCAAAAUGCUUACACGUCACAUAGCAAGGGAUCGCCUGGAAACUUGAAUGCUGCAGAUCUCCAUUAAAGCUUCUGGAGAGUCUUUGGGCACCUGCCCAUUGUCUUUCCACCAGCCCUUGGAUCUCCACCAGUCAACCUUAAGGAGUGUAAGCUGUAGCUGUAAAGGGCACUUCUCACAGAGGUAUUUGUGCUGAGUCAGUGCUGGGUGACACCUAACUCUGCUCUGACUGUGAGUGAUGAGUGGUGCCAGUGUUCCAGCUGUCCAUUUGCAAGAGAGGGGAAAGCAGAAAUGAAGCUGUUGUUAAGAAGAACACUACUUUUUAAUUAUAUCUUGAGGCUGCUCUGAUGCACAGACAUCUCUGGGAUCUCAUUGAGAGCCAUCUCAAUUCUCAGAGAGCCAUCUCUGAGAAUUGAAAUGCAUGGAGAGCAGGGAAAAAAGGUUAAAAUUAACCAGUAGGAAUGCAUCUCUAUAGUGAGACAAAUCAGUGGGGUUUCACUGAGAGCAAGCCAGCUCAGAAUGGUUGGCCUGUCUGUGGUAAAAAAACAUAACGCUUCCCCCCCUCAAAAUUACUAGAUUCUUAGGCUUUAGAAGUGCUGCUCUGGAUUGCAUGUUCUCUUUCUUUCCUUUUCUGUACACACUUUUAAAGAAAAAGGUACCUACUUAUUAAAAAAGAAUUGUCUGGCAUUUCUUAAAUUAAUGACUUCUGUCUAAAUCUAACAUUUCAUUCUGAUAGCUAUAUUGUGUUUGGGCUGUUUCAGUUGUAUUUUGAAGGAAGAUGUUGAAAGAGUCUUUUGGAGAGGCAUUAGUGUUGGAUGAAUUCACCAUGCUAACAUCUUCGCUCUUGCCUACUGCUGCUUCAAAAAUAAUGCUACUUUAAAGUGUCUUAUUUAGCAAUUGUGUCACAGCUAAUAAUAAUACUACAGUUUUUAACUUUCUAUUUAACAUAUGCUACCUUUUGUAAAAAAAAGUAUAUAAAGAUAAAUAAUGUUCCUCUAGAUUUUAUGCAUAGAGAAUAUUAGUAAGGGAAGAGGUUUUAAAUUUUAUAACUUCUUACUGUUCGUUUUACAUUUUAAAUGAUACUUUUAAAUCACUACUUUUGUUUGUCUGGAAAUAUACUGAAUAUUUUAUUAUUUAAAAUAGUAUACUUUUAUAGUUGUUUUAUUAAUUUCAGUUGACUACUAACUUCUAUUUUGGUAUUUAUUACUGAGUUGACACUGUAGUAUAUUGAGAUGUUUAUUUUUCUAUCAGAGCUGUAACAACUAUGACAUAGCAUUAUUUUAAUGCAACAUCAUUGUACUUGCUCUCUAAAAAAUAAAAUCAAUAUUUAAUCCA